AUGAUGCAGCGGACUCUGUUCAGCCGGAGGAGCGGACUGCUGGCCCAGCAAGCGGCGGCGGCCCUCGAAUGCCCCCUCAUCCAGCGCCUGGACCGCCGCACCGUGUCGUCCGUCACCAUCCCCCCACCGGCGUGUAUGCUGCGGCCACUGGAGGCGCCUCUACGCUACUUGUUCGGGCCGGGACCCUCCAACAUCCCCCCGCGUGUCCUGGCUGCAGGGGCCAAGCCGAUAAUUGGUCACCUUCAUCCAGAAAUGUAUACGAUCAUGAACGACAUAAAGAAGGGGAUUCAGUACGCCUUUCAGACAGAGAACAACAUGACAAUCUCCAUGAGCGGCUCAGGGCACGCCGCAAUGGAGUGUGCAGUAUUUAACACGGUGGAGCCCGGGGAGAGCGUCCUAAUCGCCAUCAAUGGCAUCUGGGGGGAGCGUGUUGCAGAAAUUGCAGAGAGAAUGGGUGCUAAUGUACAUAGACUUGAGAAAACACCCGGAAAUUAUUUCAGCAACAAGGAGAUUGAACAGGCUAUAGAGAAACACAAGCCGGUGCUGUUCUUUCUAACACACGGAGAGUCGUCUGCUGGUCUGUGCCACCCAAUCGACGGCAUUGGUGACAUCUGCAGAAAACACGGCUGCCUCUUCCUGGUUGACACUGUUGCGUCACUCGGGGCUGCGCCGAUUUUUAUGGAUCAGCAAAAUAUUGACAUCCUAUACACGGGUUCUCAGAAAGCUUUGAACGCACCGCCCGGCACGGCUCCUAUCUCUUUUAAUGACAGAGCAUGCCACAAAAUGUUUAACAGGAAAACAAAACCAGUCUCAUACCUCUUUGACAUGACACACUUAUCCAACUACUGGGGCUGUGAUGGCAAACCAGCCAGAAUGUACCACCACACUGGCCCAGUAUCGGGUUUCUUCGCCUUAAGAGAGAGUCUGGCAAUUCUGGCUGAAAGGGGUCUGGAGGAGUCUUGGAGGAAACACAAAGAAGUGGCAGCCUACUUGUACAAAGGACUUGAAGACUUGGGUCUCAAACUCUUCAUUUCUGACAAGGAUUUGAGACUUCCCUCCGUCACCACCAUUGCCAUCCCCGAAGGUUACGAUUGGAAGGAGUUGCUGGAGUACAUCAUGAAGAAUCACCAGAUGGAGAUGACCGGAGGUCUCGGGCCUUCCACCGGCAUGGUGAUGAGGAUCGGACUGAUGGGCUAUAACUGUGAGAAGAGUAAUGCCGACAUGGCGCUACACGCCUUGGCGGAUGCGCUGAAAAACUGUAGAAAAAGCAAAGCUUGAAAAGGAGAAGAGUCUCGGAGACCUUGAUGACCAUGGGCAAAGGAAAAGAAGCAGGGAUUGCAGAUGAGAAUGCGUAAUCUGUUCUUUUGAUUGCAAACAGGUUGCAAAAACAUAGACUUGUGUUUCUUUUCUGUUUUGAGUAGUAUUUUUGGAAAUUAAUGACAAAUAGACACCACAUGGUCUAUUUAAAAUGCACUGAUACCUGUCAAUAAAUGUGGCUUGUUUAAUCAAUUUGUGGGGUCAUUGUGUAGUAUAAAAAGCAAUACACUGUAUUAUUGGGGGAGGGGGCAGCUGCAAAAGGUUCCUCAUUUUCAUAUUGAGUCCAAACUCAGUUUUUUUUUUUUUGUUGGUUUUGUCUUGGCCUAAACCAGGGGUCCUUAACGUGGUCCCAAUGGGCAACUAAUAUCUCGCAAAGACCACAUCAGUAGCAUGUGGACCUGUUCUAAAAAUAGCUCACCAGUGAUGAUGAAUUGUAAUUUUCGAGGAAUACUAUAAAAGUAAUUAUUUUAAAAUGUGAACAAUGGAAGAGAUUUAUAGAAAUAUCGAUAUUUAUCAGCGUCCUAGUGGUGAGAAAUCAUGAAUAUGAUCAGUACAUUCACAUAAAUGAUCAUCACUAUUAACAAUAAAAUAUUACAGCAAUAUUAAACGUAAUUUAAGCAAAUUAGUUAUUUCAGAAGUGUAUAUCUAACUUUUAUCACUUUGCAAAGAGACAAAGAAGGGCUUCAACCCAGGCAGAUACUGUAGACCAGCAACUACGUUCAUCUGUCCUGGAUGCAGGAGAGACUGACAUUCUCCUAUCGGCCUGACCAGCCACACCAGACAAUGUCCUCAAGGCCAACAUCCAAGCCCAUCCCCAGACGACCG